AUGAACGAAAAGUCAUUAGUAAAAAGUGCAGAAAGCAGACAAGACUCCUUUGAAGCUGAAAAUGAAUCAGUGUCAGCGGUCAAAAAAUCUUCACGACACGACGGUAAUGAAGAAACUGUAACGAUUUCCACGGAUCAUGGGGAGGAAAUGACAGUUGACAAGCAAAGAUGGCAAAACCCAAACUAUUUCAAAAAUUCGUGGCAUGAGUAUCUCUUCAUUUUUACUUGUAUGAUAAGCCAGCUGCUCAACCAAGCAGGAACCACGCAAACUCUUUCGAUUAUGAAUAUUAUUGCAAACAGCUUCGGGUCAAAUGAAAACUCAAGGACAUGGUUGAUGGCGUCUUUCCCACUGGUUUCAGGAUCAUUUAUUCUAAUUAGUGGACGACUAGGUGACAUAUAUGGGCUAAAAAAAAUGUUGACAAUAGGAUAUGUUGUCAUAAUCAUAUGGUCUUUAAUUUGCGGGCUGACCAAGUAUUCUGGUAGCGAUACUUUUUUUAUUAUCAGUAGAGCCUUUCAAGGGCUGGGAAUCGCAUUUGUUUUACCAAAUGUACUGGGCAUAAUCGGAAAUAUUUACGUGAGCGGCACAUUCCGUAAGAAUAUCGUGAUUAGUUUAGUCGGUGCAAUGGCACCUGUCGGUGCAACUUUAGGUUGUCUUUUUGCUGGGCUGAUUGGUACUAAAAACCCUAAACAGUGGCCAUGGGCGUUUUAUGCAUAUACCAUAACGUCGAUCAUUAAUUUGGCACUUUCAGUAUAUUCCAUCCCGAAUAAUAUACCAACGAAUAUCCAACAUUUUUCCAUGGAUUGGAUUGGCUCUGCUUUGGGUGUCAUUGGCCUCGUUUUAAUGAACUUUGUAUGGAACCAAGCUCCCAUUUCAGGCUGGGACCAAGCUUAUAUAAUUGUACUUUUGGUCAUUUCUGUCGUUUUUCUCGUCGUUUUUAUCAUUUACGAGAAUCGAUUUGCCAAGAGUCCAUUGUUACCGCGUGCCGUUUUAAAAGAUCGUCAUAUGAUACAAAUCAUGCUAGCCUUGUUCUUCGGAUGGGGUUCAUUUGGUAUCUUCACUUUUUACUACUUUCAGUUUCAACUGAACAUAAGGCAUUACUCGGCCGUAUGGGCCGGUGGUACUUAUUUCAUGUUCUUGAUUUGGGGUAUUAUCGCUGCUCUGUUGGUAGGAAUUUACAUUAAAAAAGUAUCACCUUCAGUGUUUUUAUUCCUUUCCAUGAUGGCAUUCAACAUUGGUUCAAUAAUGGCGAGUGUUACACCAGUUCAUGAGACAUACUUUCGCACUCAAUUGGGAACAAUGAUCAUUUUAAGCUUUGGAAUGGAUUUUUCAUUUCCUGCAUCUUCUAUUAUCUUUAGUGAUAAUCUGCCAAUGGAAUACCAAGGUAUGGCUGGGUCAUUAGUCAAUACUGUUGUCAAUUAUUCUAUGUCAUUAUGUUUAGGUAUGGGUGCCACAGUGGAAACGCAUGUUGAUCCAGAUGGCAAACAUGUUUUGAAAGGGUAUAGAGGCGCUCAAUACCUGGGAAUAGGAUUGGCUAGUUUGGCAUGCAUAAUUAGCGGGCUUUACAUGGUCGAAAGAAUCAUAAAAGACCACAAAGCUAAGGCUCGUGGAAGGUAG